AUGGCAGAAAAUGAUUCAACAACAUUGAAAGAGAAAGAUUCAAAUAAAUCAACGAAAAGAGCACCGAAUUAUUUCAAACUUCUUCAAGAAAUCGAUAAUACUUUAAAGUUAUUAACUGAUUCGAAUAGUUCUCAUCAUGUUACAGGAGAAGCUUCACAUAUGUCUAAAAUAGAAGAAAUAUUACAUUAUGUAAAUACAAAUCUGGAAGAAAUUAUUGACCAAAUGACCGAUCAGAAACGUGCAAUGUCUCUCAUUACAGUAUUCAACAUAGUGAUUCGCAUGUGUACUAUCGAUAAAAUUGAUUUUGUAAUAUCACUAACAUCUUUUCAAUCAAUGAUUCGAAAAAUACUUAGUAAACUUAUAAUAAUUUCUGAGGAAGAACCAGGGAAUUAUAAAGAGUAUGCCGGUGACAUGUUAGAUUCAAUUCUGAUGAAUCUUGCUGAAGAUAACUUGAUUCAAACAUGUUUCGAACGACUUUGUUUAAAUCAGAACAAGUCAAUCAAAAAUUCUAUUGAGAAUGAUGAAAAAUGUGAAGAAAAAGAAGAGAACGUCGAUUACAACGAACUUAUUGAAAAAUAUAUGUCGUGCGCUUCCAGCUAUUCAUUCAUGGUAAAUCUGCGAUCGGUCUAUGAAUUUGGAAAAAAUUAUCACCCUGUUAUUAGUUCUAUGUUGAAAUUUAUUGAUAAAUAUCUGACUGAUAGAAACAAUGAAAAUUCUUCGAUGCCACUAGAAGUAAUAACUCCGACUUUAGGUAUUUUAUGGAAUUUAUCCGACAAAAUAGUUCUUGUUCCAUUACUCGCUGAACUUAGUUGUGCUAAAAAACCAAUUCAAUGGAUUGCUACAGAUUGUUUUGCAUUUCAUAUUAAAAGAUUAGGCGACGCAAUAUUUUCUAUUGUUCAUAAUUUAUCAAGAGACAAGACAGGUUUGACACAGCUACGAAAUGAAAAAGCAUUUGAAGUUUUAAUGAAAUAUAAACAACUAGUCGAAGAACAAAAUGAUGAAGAUUUAAAGUUAUCGUAUGGUAUGGCAUUAAUAUCUGUAACUGUAAGCGAUGAACAACCUGAAGAAAAUAAAGGAUUUAUUAUUUGGGUUAGCAGAACUUUGUACGGAUUGUGUAAGGAUGCUACUUACAAAGAUGAUUUAAGAUGCAGUGGAUGUCAUCUAUCGGAAUUAUUGGAAGUAUUGCACCAGGCUUUCGCAAAUACGUACGUAGUCAAAGAUAUUUUAAGUAGUGAAUCGAAUAAUGAACUAAAGCCGGUCGCAUUCUUUGCACAAUGCCUUUUAUCUAUAUACGGGGCAUUGUUAGAUAAAGAAGCAGAUGAUCUUGAAAAGCGUGCAGCUAAAUAUUUACUUAAAAUUCUAUUACAAAUUUCUAAUUAUCGCGAAUAUCAUAAAGAAUUGACUGAAAUCAAUCAAUUUUGUGUCAUCAUAGAAAGUCUUUCGAAACGUCCAAAACAGGAUGAUGCCAAGCGAAUAUGGUCGAAUCUUCAAGGAGAAAUAUCGUCGAAUCAAUUAAAAAAAGAAAAGUCAUCAAUGAUCUACAUUAGUUACAAUAGGACUGAUGAAAAAUUUUGUGAAAUCUUUAUACGUGAGUUACGCAAAAGAACAUCAAUACCUGUUUGGGUUGAUUUCGAACAUGUCGAAUCUUGGGAUGAUACGUGGGAAUAUAUACUUCCCGUAAUUCAAUCGGCAACAGUUAUUAUUCCUAUAUUAUCAACAGCUUAUGGUGAAAAUAGUGAUAAAUUUCAAGAAUUAUCUUAUGCAAUUGGUACCAACAAGUCACAAGAUAAAAGUAAAAACUUAAUUGCAGUCACAGCUGAGUCUGACUUCAGUGUCAAUCGUGCGUGGAUGGAGGAUUUAAUAGGUGAACAUAAUUUGAUCCCUUUUGACAAUAAUACGGAUAAUGUAGUUUCUAAAGUUUGUGCACGAAUUAUACUUUCGAAGAAACCAUUAGUGAAAUGCUUUCCUCGAAUUACUAAACGAUCAUAA